AAUGGCCGCGGUGGCAGAGAGAAACAGACACCCCGUUUUGCUUAAAGAAAGGGGAGAGUCGGGGAGGGGUCAGGAUGCAGGCAAAGCCUGAUCGUGUGCAGCAACUUCCUAGGGGUGUGACCGAGACGGUGUGGCCUGGACUAAGCUUCCUCUUCUGAAAGGCAGAGAUGACAGACGUUCCCGUUUCACUGUGCUGUCGCGAGGACUCAACGACACGCAGCAAAUGCUCCAGUACGGCGGGUCGGGAUCCACUGUGCAACAAGCUUUUGCUGACCGUCUCCUUUGUGCCAGGCCCAUUCCCAGUGCCCGGUGCGACGGGCAGAAGCACUGGCUUCGACUGUCCCUGCUACCGCCACGCUCCCACCCCUCGUUCUGGCUUCAGAAUGCUUCACCCCUGCAUCUUCUGCAGCGCUCGCCCGUUCCAGGCACUGGUCUCCACCCUUGUCUCACAAGCAGUAACUGGGGCCUAGGUUCGCACCGUAGCCUGGCAGGGGCGAGCGCCAGUUGCGACCCCUUCCAGCCUCUCUCGCGGGAGGAAGGGGCUGGGAGCUCUCGGUCCUAGGACCUGACCCCGCCUUCGGCGCGAUUGGCCGGUAGAAGUGUCUGUCAAUGCCGUCAUUGGCAGGGAAAGCGCUAACGGCCCGCCCCCUCCCCGGUACGGACGCGGAACGGACCUCGGCCGGAAGUCGGCGGGCCCGAGCGGAAGCGGCGGGGCGGGAGGGUCCUCCCCGCGACUACGCCACGUCCGCGCAGCCUGUGGCCGCGCGGCUGACGGGGGCCGGGGCCCGGGGCCGGCGCGAUGGCGGACUGGGCUCGGGCUCAGAGCCCUGCCGCUGUGGAGGAGAUUCUAGACCGGGAGAAUAAGCGGAUGGCUGACAGCUUGGCUUCCAAGGUCACCAGGCUCAAAUCGCUGGCCCUGGACAUCGAUAGGGACGCUGAAGACCAGAACCGGUACCUGGACAGCAUGGACUCGGAUUUCACAAGCAUGACAGGCCUGCUCACAGGGAGCGUGAAGCGCUUUUCCACAAUGGCGAGGUCUGGGCGAGACAACCGGAAGCUUCUGUGUGGUAUGGCGGUGGGCCUGAUUGUGGCCUUCUUCAUCCUCUCCUAUCUCCUGUCAAGGGCAAGGACAUGAGCCACUAGGAGCUGACUUCUGUGGGUGCCUGGGGCAACCAGGGUCUUCCCCUGCCUGGUGUCCUGGGCUCCAGAGGACCUACUUACAAAAUACGCUUUUGAAAUGAUGAUCCUGGCCUAGGAAUUUUCUUCCUGUGUGACUGGAGUUCAUGGCUGCCUCGGACCGAGUGAGCUCAUGUUGGCUGGUCCCAUGUGUGUAAGGGUCUCUUUCCGCUGGGGAAACCAAGGCCCAGCCCCCUGUGCUACUCUGGGUGCCAGAGGCUCUGGCAGAGCCAGGUGUGAUCAGAGCCUGUGGGAAUCCUGGACAUGCUACUUGUGGCCAUCGGCGCUUCCCUUGUCCCUUGGGGCUUUGACGUCUCAAGGCUCUGCCCAAUCCGUGUCUCUGGGUAAGGCCACGUCUGAUACCUGAGGUGCCUGGAGCUGACACAGGAAGGGGGUUUGGCUAUGAACUUCGAGCACCACCUCCUCAGCUCAGAGGUGGCAGCCACUCUUGGCUAGGGCUGCUGAGCAUGGGCAGAUCAGCCUCGCCUGCCCUCUGCACCCUCGGGAAGGGCAGGGUAUUAUGGAUGAAGAAGGGGACAGCAACCUUGGCUGGAGGCACUGGGCCCUGAUCCUUUUGGAUCUCACAGUCUUGUAUCCAGGAGCAGAAACUCCCAUUUUCUCAGGAUUCAAGAUCUAGCCAACACCAAAGAUGAAUUUCCUGGUUACCAGACGUCUGGAAGCAGUUCCAACUGGCAUUUCAGUCAGGCAGAGUGUGUGUUGGGGGAGGGGGCACCUUCUGUGGGUCAAGACAGGAGGCUUCCCUACAAGGACUCUCUUCUUAGGACCCAUGGGUCACUUCUUGAGGGUCACCAGGCAGCUUCCCCUCCACCAUGUGAGGCCCUUCAACAGUCAGUAUCCCCUCACUAAGGGAACUCUUAGCCAUCCCCUCAUCCUCAGCCUCUGCAGACUACCCUCCAUGCCCGCCUCUCCCUGGGCUCUCACUGCUGACUUGGCCAGCCCCACGUUCACACAAAUGAAAGGACAGGCACUGCGCCAGCGGUUUCUCACCCCAUGGUGAGGUGUCGGCACCUUCAUUUGUGCAUAAAUACGCGUUAGAAAUGAUUCGUCAGCUCUGUGUCCUUCCCGCCUUGUUCCUGUCUUCUGCCAGCCCAGUUACUCCCCCUUACUCCAGAGGACUGUUGGCUCUGUCCCAUACUGCCUGCCGUGCAGGCCCCGGGUGUGACACACACACUGACCGCACAUCAGCUCCAGUCUCCGGCUCUGGACACUUCCUGUGAGCACUGCUUCUGCUCCCCGUUCUUACUUCUGCUCCUCCUCUUUCCCCUCUUCCUGUCCCUUGUCCAUCCGGCAGGCCUGGCCUCUCCUCACAUGGUCACCGUGGCACUCUUCUCUAUUGCGUUGUACCUGUUGGGCCGCUCAGGCUCCUGGAGGAGGGGGAAUCCCACCUUCCUACUUCUGAGUGCUCUGCUCUGGCUUGUUCCUGUCCCUCUAGAUGCUAGUUUCUCAUCCAGGGAGGUCAGAUUACCUGCCUCCCUGUCCAUAGGGCUUUGCUGUUUCCCCUGACUCCUUGACAUUCCUUCUUAGGCCCCCACGGUCCUGCCUCCCUCCCCAGUCCCCGCGCACAGCGGCUUUGAGUUAGCCAUCACACAUUAAGUCUUGCCACGGGGGCCCAUCCACGGGUCACCAAGCUUCCUAGACCUGUGUAGUGUCUCCGUCUGGUGGCACUGCAGAUGCACCCACACCCCGCAUCCCCCCGGGCCUGUGGUGCUGACCUCUCUUCCUGAGAUCUUGGCUCGGUUGCGCGAGCUCCACCACUACAGAUUCAAUGCAGGCUGGUUUAGAUUUUGUGUUUCUGGUAGUCUUGACAAGUGCUUACUGCUGUCGCCCUGAGACCGCAAGCCGCAGUGUCCUCCUGAAGCCCUCUUUUCUGCCUUCCUGCCUCCACUUCCACAGCUCUUUGUGGCCCUUCCAGCUCUUCUGGGGUCUGGAUUUUAGUUCCUUUCAGGUUUACCUUUUUGUUUCUCGUUCUCAUUGCAUUGGGACAGAUUCCAUGAUGGGGGCAUGGCAGCCCUGCUGCCGACCUAUCAGAGACUUGGCCUUCCUCCUCCCCCACCUCCCAGGGUGCUCAGCACCUACUCCUGUGUGUAAGUGCGGUUUGCUGACCUUGGUCCCUGAAACCACUAAAACAGAAAGGACCUGGGGGCCCAACGUGUGCCAAGGGAGGACACACUGCCAGGCUCUAUCCCACAAUUCAAGGACAAGGCGUUUAACAAUAAAAAUUUGGAAUAAACAGCUUCACGACAAAGUAAACACA